UGAGAACUAUUUCUAGAGGUGUCUCUGUAGAACCAUUCAUCAAGUUGGAUUUUCUUCACAAAUCAGAGUGCACAAAUCCGGGUGUCAAAUCAGAACACAGACAAUUUUCGACUUCAUGUGCGGGGGUAUAUUCUCAAGGCACAGGCGUACAUUAGCUGUGUGCGGACAUCCAUGGAAUGUGGACAUCCAUGGAGCUGUGUGCGAUUACAAGGUGAUUGUAAAUGCCUUCUAAGUAAUGAUCAGCAGCGGGAUUCGAAAAACUUUUCGAAUCUCGAAAAGUUGGAAACUUCGUUUUUCUGCGUGGAGAUGUGAUUCCAAUUGCACAAGGUCAGAGGAAAUCCAGGCAACCUUAUUCGAUACAGACGCACCACACGCUUGCUAUGCAGUGUUGUGGACUGUGGCGCUCGGGAGGAAACACUAUGUGGACAACGGCGGUUAUGAUUUGGAAAUGUCAAACGUGGAUACUCUCUUUGAGAUCAACGUACAGGUUUGGUUGGAUAUUCAAGACAGAAAAUAUAAGAAGUUUACAAGAUUGACUUGAUUGAAAAAUCAUUUUCAGAGAGUGUCAUGUACAUUUAUUUUUUUCAAAGCAUCAGCCCGCAACAGAGGCUAGUCAUCACAAGCACGAGUUGCUAAAAAAUUAGUGAGCGGUACUACAGUGAUCAACUGAGUAAAAGUCUUUGC